AACUUGGCUGCAUAAUAGAAUCAGAUUCUCUGGGGUGAGACUCAGGUGCCAAACCUUUAUUAAGCUCCCCAGGUGAUUUCAGUGUGCAGCCAAAGCUGAAAAUCUUUGGUUUGGGACAAAGAGUCUCCUUGAAGUGCCCAUCAGAAUCACCUGGAGAGCAUGUUAAAGUUACAGAAGGCUAGGUCCCAGCCUCAGAGUUUCUGAUUCAGUAGGUCUGGGGAGGGACCCAAUAAUUUGCAUUUUUAACAGGUUUCCAGAUGAAGCUGAUGUUGCUGUCGUACACUUUGAGAACCAAUCUUAGAAGAGUUUGACUCUUAUUAUAUACUGGAGUUCAGCUGUGACUGGGGCGUAAGGGGAGGAAUGAAAAUUGGCAGAAGGAAAGGACAGAUACCACUAGCUCCCCUCUUCUCAAAGGUAAAGUGAACUGGGAUCUACCGCUGCAUUGCUCAUCCCCUAUUUUCUUAGCCUUUAUUUUAUAGAUUGAGAAAAUAAAGGCUCUUCAAGGGUCAUGUGAACGGCCCAAAGUUGGUUACACCAGAGUUAACCACCCUGUUUUAUCUGGCCUCUUUGGACUUUCAGGUCAACCUCUUAACUGCCUCUGCAGCGCGACUCCACUUAGCCCUCGUCAUUAACCUUUGUCUCCUCCCCCGCCCCGCCCCCAGCGUCCUGACGGCGUUGCGUGGACAACGUGCACCUACGUUCAAAGCACGCAAAGAACGGUGCUCGGAGGCCAUCGCGUGCUGCGCAGGCGCAAGCGGCAAGGCGCUGGAGCGGCGGUCAUGGAGUCCGUCAACCCGGUGCCUAAACUCUACAGAUCUGUAAUUGAAGAUGUAAUUGAAGGAGUGCGGGAUCUAUUUGCUGAAGAAGGUAUAGAGGAACAAGUCUUAAAAGACUUGAAGCAGCUCUGGGAAACAAAGGUUUUGCAGUCUAAAGCAACAGAAGACUUCUUCAGAAAUGGUGUCCAUUUGCCUUUGUUCACCCUUCAGUUGCCACACAGCUUGCACCAAACAUUGCAAUCAUCAACAGCAUCGUUACUUAUUCCUGCUGGUAAAACUCUUCCCACUUUUACCACAGCAGAACUGGGCACCUCAAACUCCAGUGCAAACUUUACUUUUCCUGGUUAUCCUGUUCAUGUACCAGCAGGUGUGACAUUACAGAUGGCAUCUGGUUACCUUUAUAAAGUUAAUGUACCAAUUAUGGUGACACAGACUUCUGGAAGAGCAAGUAUUCUUCAGCAUCCGUUUCAGCAAGUAUUUCAGCAGCUUGGGCAGCCUUCAAUAAUACAGACCAGUAUUCCACAAUUAAACCCGUGGUGUCUUCAAGUAACUACUGAAAAAUCACAGAGAAUGGAAACUGUGCUCCAACAACCUGUAGUUCUUCGUUCUGGGACAGUGGAUAGGAAACGUUUAGAAAAUGCUACUGGUGAUACUCUUUUACAUCCUGGAAAUCAGCAUAAAAUCAUGUCUGAAGCUUUACUGAGUCAGCCGGAAAACUCUCAGUAUAUCAGCCUUUCAGGUGUUGUAUUUCCUCCACAGCUCUCUCAAAUGGAUUCUAAUGUGGAGCCAGUGCUCGGUGUUUCAACUAGCAUGACUCAAAAUCUGCAUGGUGGGCCCCUGUCCACAGGCCCUCAGGGGGCUCAGCACCAGCACACGCCUGAUGUUCAGCUUCGUGUUCUUAAAGAUAGGAUGUGUGGAUGGGAUUCUGUAAAGCAGCCAAGGAAUACAGAGGAGCCCAGCAGCCUGCCUGUCUCAAAGAAGGAUUCUAAUUCUCAGAUGGAUUUAAGCCUUCAGGUAACUGAUGAUGAUAUUAACGAGAUAAUUCAAAUAGAUGGAACUGGCGAUACAGCUUCCAGUGAUGAAAUAGGAAGUACGAGAGAUGUAGAUGAGAACAAAUUUCUAGGGAUUACUGAUGCGGGAGACCUGAAGGUACUUGAAGAAGCCAGCAGUAUAUCAAAUGAAGAUUCAAUGGCCAACAGUAGUGAUAAUGAAGACCCUCAAGUAGACCUUGUGGAAGAGGACCCUUUAAAUUCUGGGGAUGAUGUUAGUGAGCAGGAUGUGCCGGACCUGUUUGACACAGAUAAUGUAAUUGUCUGUCAGUAUGAAAAGAUUCAUCGAAGCAAGAACAAAUGGAAAUUCUAUUUGAAAGAUGGUAUUAUGUGUUUUGGAGGGAGAGACUAUGUAUUUGCAAAAGCCGUUGGUGAUGCAGAGUGGUAAAACUGAUAAGCUCAGUACAUCAUUAAGAUCAGUGGGACUAUAUCACAUGUUGUUCACUGCAUGGAAUUUAAUAAAAUUAUAAUUCAGAUGCAAAUACAAAUAUACAGUUUCACAUUUCUUUCAUUUUACAUUUCAAACUGUUUUAACAGGUUUUUAUUUUUUAA